UCCGAAAAAAAAGGCUAUUAAGCCUAAAAUAUAAAUUUAAAGUGCCUAAAAUAUAAAUUUAAAAGUUGACCUGAGAAAGUCGUCGGCAAUUAUUUGUCCUCCUAGUUAUGUCCUCGUAGUUAUGGUGUUGUUAGAACUUUCAAGCAAUGAGUAGAAUGGUUGUGAUUUGCUCCUGAGCAUUUCUCUGGAGGCUCCAAUUUUGUUCUUCAGCAACAAAGAAGUUUCAUCUGUUCCAUGUCUCUCUCAUGUAGAGAUGAUGAAAUAGAAAUGGACUUUCUUCGUGAUGGGUAUCAGGAAAUGCACAGCAGAAACUUUGAAGUGUUUCUGAGUUUCAGAGGGAAAGAUACGCGUGCUUCUUUCACUUCGCAUCUCUACCAGUGUCACAAAACCAUAGGGAAUGUGGUACUACCAGUGUUUUACGACGUUAAACCCUCUGAAGUACGUCAUCAAAGAGGCGACUUUGGGAAAGCAUUUCAACGUCUUUUGAGCAACUUUUCGAGAGAGGAAGAGGAAAAGGUCCUGGAUUAGAAACAGUUUUGGGAAAAUAUUUAAGGCAUGAUCAUAUUUUCACUACACAUUGUCUCUAAAAAAUAACAUUUAUGAAACUCAUCACAUAUAUGAAGCGGAGGAAUGGAGAUUAGUAAUGCGAUACAACUCCACAUGGAACAUUGGAGGGACGCAUUUUCUGAGGAAGCUGGUACCCACUUAGAUUCCAAUAAUUUACGUUCUCUACGGGAGAUGGUUGAUUCUGAGAUAUGGUGCCUCCGGGAUCAUUGGCGGGAGAAAGUUCGUGAGGCUUAUGGUAGAUAUGGGGAUAACCAACUAUAUUCCAGGAGAAAAAUUGACAUAGAACUCCACUUGGAGAAUUGCACUAAGGCUCUUCAAGCGGCUAUUGCCAUCCCAAGAAAAGCAGUCUCUAUACCAAGUUUUCAAAAACUGAAGGCUUACAAUCGGAUAGAGAGCCUUGUAGAAUUUUGGAAGAUCGCACUCUAUGAGGCUGCUGAAAUUUCGAGAGGAAUAACGGAUAAUGAGAUAAACUACAUCGAGAAGCAUGCUAGGGACGCACUUCGUGAGGCUGUUGGCAUCUCCGGGGUUGUAAUCCUCAAUUCUAGGUAA